AACACAUCCGUUUGUCACAGAGCCUGCACAGACACCAUGAGCUCUGCCACUGAACCCCAGGAGCGUGGCACAGGGGCUGUCAGGAUGCGCUCCUGUGUUUGUGCUCGAGCCUGAACACACCUGGGGAUCCUUACAGAUCAAGAGGAUAAUGCACAGAGUGCUCCUGGGCACAGACAUGCCAAGGAUCCAAUGACCAGACUCGCUCAAUGGGCUUGGAGAAGUUGUUUAUUGAUGGAAAAAUAUAACCAGGAUCUGAAAAGAAUACCUCACCAGGUUAGUUUGGAGGAGUUUUCUUCUACCCUGCCUUUGCCAUUGAAUUGUCAGUAUGUUUUGAAAGCUUAAACACCAUUCAUUUAAAAUCAAAGCUACACACCUAAGAAAAAUAAGACCCCAAAUGAGGAAUGGUGUUUGCCUGAAACUGCCUUUUUUUUUCCUUCCCACCUUUUUGCUUAGAAUAAUGGAAAUGUUGAAUGUGAGUGCAGGGCAGGUCUCUAGUUUUGUGGCUGGGAGGACGAGUUGUGGGGGCAGCUGUCCCCUCCCCUCCAGCUGCGGGGCUGGAGGAUGUACAUAAAACACUGCCAUUACAGUGGGGUUCAUUUAACGGUCUCUGCAAUUUCUGGCACAGGGUGCCCAGAGAAGCUGUGGCUGCCCCAUCCCUGGCAGUGUCCAAGGCCAGGUUGGACACCAGGGCUUGGAGCAAGCUGCUCUAGUGGAAGGGGUCCCUGCCCGUGGCAGGGGUUGGAGCUGGAGGAGCUUUAAGGUCCCUUCAACCCAAACCAGGCUGGGAUUGUGUGAUUCUGUCAGCUGGGGUUUCCUCCCCUGCAGAGCACAGGAUGUGCCGUGCUCUUGGAUCAGCCCCAAGUCAGUGCUGAGAUGGGAGUAGACUUCAGGAUCCUUCCUGCUCCCACCACAUCCUCUCCUGAGUCUCAGCCUCGAAGACCUGCACUGAUGGUGGCAAUCAAAGCAGUGAGAGCAGAUCUCCCUCGUUGCAUUACGUCUUUGUGAGCCCUGCGCAGCGCUGCAGGAUACAGGAUCUGAUGAUCUCCAUUCCUAGCAGGGCGUGUACCUCUGCCCUCAAAGGGUAAAAGCUGGUGUAAGUGUUGUCAAAUAAUGAGUCACCCCUGCUGGAUGUUGGACAGCGUGGCAGGCACUGGGACUGCUGGGACGCUGCAUCUGCAGCCCUUACCAGAAGAGAAAUCAGGAAAUAACACGGGAGCUCUUUCUGGGAGCAUGCCCUUGAAAAUAGAGCUUUGAUGCUCCCUAUGACAGCAAAUUUAUGCUCCAGGAAUCCAGGAGUCCGGCUACAGGUGACAUCGUUGUCCCCAAGCCCUGCAUGGACACUGCUGGGAGGUGGCAGCAGGAGAAGACAGGGAGUCCCUGAUGUGCUGACGGCCGACCAUGUCUGGGAAGCAUUGGCUCCCAGGGACACAGUGUGUCACCAAGCAUAACCACACCAAGCCCAAGCCCCAGGAGCUGGCCUUCCACAAGGGCGAUGUGGUCACCAUCAUUGAGGCUGUGGAGGGCAAAGGCUGGUACCGCGCCAGACACAAUGAGACGGGGCAGGAGGGGCUGAUGGCAGCCAGUGCGCUGCGGCAACGGGGCCCCAUCCGCACCGACCCCAAGCUCAGCCUCAUGCCUUGGUUCCAUGGGAAGAUCUCGGGGGUGGAGGCAGUGCAGGAGCUGCAGCCCCCUGAGGAUGGGCUGUUCCUGGUGCGCGAGUCUGUGCGGCACCCAGGGGACUACGUGCUGUGCGUGAGCUUUGGCAGGGAGGUGAUCCACUACCGCGUGGUGCACGAGGAGAACACACUCAGCAUCGACAGCCAGCAGUGCUUCUCCAACCUCAUCGACAUGAUCGAGUACUACAUGAAGGAGCAGGGAGCCAUCUGCACCAAGCUGGUGAAGCCCAAGGCAAAAAGCGGGAUGAAGUCAGCCGAGGAGGAGUUGGCCAAAGCUGGCUGGCUGCUGAGCCUGCAGCAUCUCACGCUGGGAGACCGCAUCGGGCAAGGCGAGUUUGGAGAUGUGCUGCAGGGUGAGUACAUGGGGCAGAAGGUGGCUGUGAAGAACAUCAAAUGUGAUGUGACCGCCCAGGCCUUCCUCACUGAAACUGCUGCCAUGACGAAGGUCCGGCACAAAAACCUGGUGUGUUUGCUUGGUGUCGUCCUGCACAACGGCCUCUACAUCGUGAUGGAAUUCAUGAGCAAGGGCAACCUGGUGAACUUCUUGCGCACACGGGGCCGGGCGCUUGUCCCAGCCGAGCAGCUCCUCCUCUUUGCUCUGGACGUGGCUCAGGGCAUGGACUACCUGGAGUCCAAGAAGCUGGUGCACAGGGACCUGGCUGCCCGCAACAUCCUCAUCUCUGAGGAGAGCGUGGCCAAAGUGAGCGAUUUUGGCUUGGCCAGGGUCAAUCCUAAGGGUGCAGAUACCACUUUGCUGCCUGUCAAGUGGACGGCCCCAGAGGCCCUGAAACACAAUAAAUUCUCCUCCAAGUCAGACGUGUGGAGCUACGGAGUCCUCCUGUGGGAAACCUUCUCUUUCGGCCGCGCGCCCUACCCCAAGCUGAGCCUGAAGGAGGUGACGGAGCUUCUGGAGCAGGGGUACCGCAUGGAGCCCCCUGAGGGCUGCCCCCACACCGUCUAUGCCCUGAUGAAGAGCUGCUGGGCGCUGGAGCCGGGCAAGCGGCCGUCCUUCAAGAAGCUCACUGAGAAGCUGCAGAAGGAGCUGAAGCACCUGAGGGAUGUUUAACCCCUGUCUCCUCCCAGGACCUGUGGCCAGAAGCCCCCUGGACCCACCAGGGUUGGGACUAUCAUCACAACAUACAUCCCAUGGGGUGUGGGUCCCUUCGAGCUGCCCAUCCCCGUGACAGGGACAGGACGGAACAUCUCCACCCACUGGAGGAUGGAACCUGAACCCUGAGGCAGCCCCGCUCCAGCCACCGCCUGCAGCAGCUGAACCACAUGGAUCUGGGCUUUUUUGAUUAAACCAAAGGAAUUAAUUCAA